AUGGAUGCACGUCUCUAUGAUCAAGUACCUUCCAUCCUCAGCCCUGUCCUAACCAGACCCCCAGGCUUCCGAGCUGCAACAACGCCCGAAGAUUCCCUUCAAAUAAUUCAGCACACUGAGAUCAUUCAAAAUACUCACCGCCUGUCGACACCAUUCGAGUCCGCCAAUGAAAUUCUCGCAGGUGAUCCACUGCCAGCACUUCCUCGCUCGGCAGAGGAAGAACUUCCACUCCUUCCAACCAGCCUUUCAAGGAGGAAGCAGAGAAAAGUCCUGACCAAGGCCAGCCGCUGUCUCUCGGCAUGCGCACUUGAGUUUUGCAACCGGCGUAGGCUGCCCAACACCGUCAUCCAAGGCAUGGAGUCUGGGGAACCGCCUUUUUUUGUGCAAAACCUUGGGCGCAAGAGAGCUCCAUAUUGCGAAUGGGAUGAAUUUGUGUUUCUGCUCAAAUUUCUCAUCGCAGAGCAGCAAAUAUCUCCCGAAUUGUUGGAUAGUGACUUGGCUGUUCACUUCAGGGCGGUUCUGUACACCUCUUUGGGAAUAGCUGACGUACUUAGGCAUCCGGAGCCCCUGAGGGACGACAGAACAAUCCUCAGGAUUCUCUCCGCCAGCGUUCAAGUUGCCAGGAUGCUCAAUGAUAUGAAUGCUAUGGGUAAGCUUGAUGAUCUCUUGAUGAAGACGGAGCGCAGGAUUAUUGAGGCCAGUGCUUAA